UGCAAGCAAUGUUUUCCAAGCAGGGGAAUCUAAAACUUGACAGUGGUGAUCAUAUUGAAAUUGAUUUUGAAAUGAAGAGAUCUGGCUCGCUCACAUCCAACGAUAAAAUACCAGAGAAAGAACUGGUGAAGUUGGAGAAUGGACCCAAAAAAUACAAGAGAAAAUAUCCUGGCUUUAGGAAAAAUGUCCAUGACUACUUCACCGAAUUUACUGAAAAUACCGGAAUCCACGGUUUCAAAUAUAUGGGAGAACAAAAUCGCUCUGUUUUCGAGAAAAUUUUCUGGGUGUUACUUUUUUGCGUUUCAUUGUACUUUUGUAUUGGGUUGAUAAUACAAACAUGGGUAAAAUGGGAUCAAUCGCCAGUUUUGGUAAGCUUUGCCAGAAGUCCUACUCCAGUUUGGCAAAUUCCGUUUCCUGCAGUAACGAUUUGUUCUGAGACAAAAAUGAGACAAAGAAAAUUCAACUUUACUGAUGUCUAUAAUAAGUACACCAAGCAAAGAAACAUAUCUGAGGAGGAAUUACAAAAUUUUUCAAACAGUGCAUUGGUCUGCGAUAACCAUUUAUACAAUGAUGGCAACAAAACAACCGACUUUAAAACCAUUGAAUAUUUGAUGGGGGUUGCACCUCAAUUCUCGGACAUUUUUUUCAGUUGUAAAUGGACAAUGCAUAAUGACUCCUGCUACAAUUUGUUCACACCCCAUCUAACCGACGAGGGACUGUGUUUCACCUUUAACAUGCUCGACAAGCCCGAAUUAGUUAAUAAUAACGUAUUCCUCCACGGAGAUUACAUGUCACACGGUCGUAAAUCCCAAGGAUGGGCUCUGGAAAUGGGCUAUCCAAAAGAUUCACCCAAGGACACGUUCCCCAGACGCGCCAUGUCGGCUGGAGCAGCAGGAGGCUUGUUCUUGGUUUUGUCCGCUUACAAGCAAGAUUUAGAUUACAUAUGUCGCGGGCCUGUCCAAGGAUUUAGAAUUCUCUUGCACAAUCCUGCAGAAAUUCCCAGAGUCCAAAUGCAAUAUUUCAGAGUACCAUUGAAUCAGGAGAUGGUGGUGGCUAUAAAACCGGACAUGAUGACUACUUCAGAAGGUUUAAGGGAUUAUGACCCUAUGAGGAGACAGUGCUUUUUCUCUAGUGAAAGAAAAUUAGCGUUUUAUAAAAGUUAUACUCAACAAAACUGUCAGAUCGAAUGCUUAACUAAUGCCACUCUAGCUGCCUGUGGAUGUGUCGCCUAUUAUAUGCCUCAUGAGGAACACACGGAUAUUUGUGGCUCUGGUAGUAUAAAGUGUAUGUUCGAUGCACAAAGUGCUCUGUUGGAAAAGGAAGUACAGGAAGGUUUGGAUAAUAUGGCAAUCGACGAUUUGGAAUUGAGUUCCAUGAACAUUUCAAACUGCAACUGUUUACCAGCUUGUACAUCUUUGACCUACAACGCGGAAACUUCUCAAGCAGAGUUCAACUAUAAAGAGGUUUUCCAAGCUUACGAGGCCAACAUCAGUGAAUUUCCAGGAAUACAGAUGUCGAGGCUGACGCUCUUCUUCAAGGACCAGCAGUUCAUCACGUCGGAAAGGAACGAAUUGUAUGGCCAGACCGAUUUCCUUGCCAACUGUGGAGGUAUUCUGGGCUUAUUCACAGGUUUCUCUUUCUUGUCCAUCGUUGAGAUAUUCUACUUUUUGUCCUUGAGGCUGAUAUGCAACGUGAAGAAAUAUGGAAGAAAGUAUUGGUCCGCUUCUCCAACUUUGAUCAACGACGAUGGUUAUCUACAUUAA